AUGUCUAGUGGACAUGGCAAUGUUGUUAAGGAGACGGUGGAUUGCCCAAACAAAGAAAAUCUCUUGAUCGGAUGUCAACCAUUUCAAACAUUUCAGGGGAUCCGCCAACAAGAGUGUGCCUAUCUUUCGCACUUUAAUAUACAUUCAUCUUCCACGAAUCCAAGCAUGUCCGACAUACUCGAAGUCGAUCCUGACUGCUAUGACGCUCGGCCUUAUAAACCGGGGGAUUUUGAAUCAGAAACGACUUCCCUCGCAUCCACCAUCUAUCGCGGGGUAUUCGAAAAUGGGAGACGCUACCAAGUCGUCAAGGAGGGCAGAUCCUGGUGUCCAUCAGAUGAACAGCAGUGGGAGAGUCUAGAAGCAGGGUCUGUUUAUUUCCCCAUACUGGAACCCAAAGCUGACCCCGACAGACAUCUGAUCGCUAUAAUCCUAGACUCGGACAGGGAAAAUCCACUAUUUUAUGCACCUAUUGAAAACCCCAAGCAUAUUCUAGACAUUGGAACCGGCCGAGGGAGUUGGGCUGUUGAUACGGCAGAUCUGUUCCCAGAAAGUAACAAUCGUCCGAGGCGUAGACCUCUUCCCCCCACCAGGAGAGUGGCUCCCCCAAACUGCAUAAUGGAAGUAGACGACAUCCUCCAAGAAUGGACGUGGCGCGAUCCAUUCGACCUUAUCCACCUGCGACACAUGCUAGGCUCAUUCACACCCGAGGAAUGGGAUAUCGUAUACAAGCAUUGCUACGACAACCUAAAAGCCGGCUCGUGGAUCGAACACCUAGAAAUGGACCCGCGAAUAAGCUGCAGCGACAACAGCCUCCCGAAAGAUGCCUACACGCCCAACUUCAGCGAACGCGUCCUCGACGCGGCCGAGAACUGGAACCACCCCCUCGACACAGUGCGCACAAUGCGACAGAGUCUUGAAAAGGCCGGGUUCGUGGAUAUCCACGAAAAGCGCUAUCGAUGUCCGAUAGGCCCGUGGGCGCGUGAUGCGACGCUAAAAGAGGCUGGGCGGUUGCAUUAUCAUCAUUGGGCUACGGGGAUGGAGGGCUGGGCUAUGUUUAUGCUUACUAAAUGGGGGUCGCCGAAGCCCUGGACUAAAGAGGAGGUGCAGGUUCUUGUUGCUAAGGUGAGGGGGGAGUUGAAGGAUCCUCAUUUGCAUAUGUUUCAAAAUACGAGGAGGGUUUGGGCUAGGAAGCCGACUGAUAAGGAGAUGGGAGGGAUUCCGGUUAAGGAGGAGGAUGAUGUCUUUAUUAAGAGUGAGGAGGUUGGGAGGUGA